CAUUUCAGAUUUUGUUCUUAAAUUAUUUUCGGCCAGUGUUAAAAAAAUAUGUAGAUAAGUUUUGGAUGCGUUCAUAAAUAAACGUUUCUUUUUUAAUUCUAUUCAGUCAGGCCAGAUACAAUCAUGGCGUGUUAAACAUUAUAAUGUUUGAAAAACUACGCAUAAUAUUUUAUAUUUUCUUGACUUUAUUCAUACCUUACUUAUUACAGGAAUAUAUUUCGGUAAUAUUAUUAAAUAAAGUAAAAAGCUGCGGCUCUUGCGGUUCUUGUCGAUAUUAAAAUGGAUUUCUGCUGUUUGUUUUUGGCUAUUUUUAUUUUUAAUUUGGGAUGUGUGGCUUCGGAGUUGAGUUUACGAUUCGUUUUCAUAAUAGAAUCGCAUGAACAAGACCUGCCGCAGCUCAUCGGCAGAGCCCUUAAGUUUGCUGAGGAGGCCCAACCAGACCUGAGAGUGAGCGAGGCCAUCGUCUCGCUAGACAGAGAAAACGAAGAUGAAAGCUACAGACAAUUGUGCUCCGCACUAUCAAACAGCGUGUCAAUCAUAGUUGACCUGUCCUGGUCGCCAUGGGACUCGCUAGAGGAGCUGUCCAGCGCCGCAGGCGUGCCCCUGGUGCGAGCGCGACUCGGAUCGCAGCACCUGGUCAGGGCUGUGGACGAGUAUCUGGAGUCGAGGAACGCUACGGACGCCGCGCUGCUCAUGGAGAGCGAGGCUGACGUGGAUCGGACCCUCUACGAGCUUCUCGGCGAGUCCAACAUCCGCGUGUGGGUGCAUGCUGGCCUCACCCGGGAUUCUGCACGUGCAUUGAAAACGAUGCGGCCUGAGCCGAGCUUCUUCGUCGUUGUCGGCAGCGGGGCGUUCGUCACCGAUACUUAUAAAAGGGCUGUCAAAGAGAAGUUAGUCCGCCGCGACUACCGCUGGAACCUGGUGCUGACGGAUUACUCGAACCUGGAGCUGCAGCCCGUUAAGCCAGCUAUGGUGCUGCAGGUGGAUGCUGCGGAGUGCUGCAAGGUCAUGGGGCAGAAGGAUGGGUGCAGCUGUUCACAGGAUUUUGAGCGAAAGCAGCCAAUCCUCUCCGCCCUACUCCAACUCCUGGCGGAAACAUACUCCAAGCUGGACGACGAUGACUUCACAACCAGGGUAGACUGCGACAACCUGGUGCCGGAGAACGGCACCAGGUCGAAGGUCUAUCGGCAGCUGGCUGAGGAGUUGGGAGCUUCGAAUGAGAGCCUGUUUUAUUGGGAUGGUGAAAGGUCCGGGAUCUUCCUCCGCUCCCGUUUCAUUCUAUCAACACUGAAGCCAGACAUAGGUCCGCAGCAUGCAGCCAUCUGGUCCGCUGAUGACGAGUACAAGCUGCUCCCGGGAGUAACCUUGGAACCACUAAGACAGUUCUUCAGGAUUGGUACUGCUCCUGCCGUACCCUGGACGAUGCCAAAGCUAGAUUCGAACACUGGAGAGCCCAUGUUCAACGAAGAUGGAGAACCAAUGUAUGAGGGCUACUGUAUCGACCUCAUACAGAAGCUGUCUGAGUCAAUGGAUUUCGACUACGAGAUAAUUACCCCUAAAACGGGCACGUUUGGUCGAAGACUGGCCAAUGGGACGUGGGAUGGUGUUGUCGGAGAUCUCAUGAGGGCUGAGACUGACAUAGCGGUGUCAGCAUUGACCAUGACGGCUGAAAGAGAGGAAGUGAUCGAUUUCGUGGCACCGUAUUUUGAGCAGAGCGGCAUACUAAUUGUGAUACGAAAGCCUACUCGGAAGACGUCCCUCUUCAAAUUCAUGACCGUACUUCGAACUGAAGUGUGGCUGAGCAUCGUGGCUGCACUAGUUUUGACCGGCUUCAUGAUCUGGCUGUUGGAUAAAUACUCACCUUAUUCAGCGAGGAAUAAUCCUGAUGCUUAUCCUUACCCUUGCCGAGAAUUCACUCUUAAAGAGAGCUUCUGGUUCGCGCUGACCUCCUUCACCCCCCAAGGUGGAGGGGAGGCUCCGAAAGCGCUGUCGGGACGCACAUUGGUGGCUGCUUAUUGGUUGUUUGUGGUGCUUAUGUUGGCUACGUUCACGGCAAAUUUGGCGGCUUUUCUGACGGUUGAGAGGAUGCAGACACCUGUAUCUUCUUUGGAACAGUUGGCACGCCAAUCUAGGAUUAACUACACCGUCGUAGAAGGCUCCACCAUACACCAGUACUUCAUCAAUAUGAAGUUUGCUGAAGACACACUGUACAGAGUGUGGAAGGAAAUAACACUGAACGCGACAUCAGACCAGUCUCAGUAUCGGGUCUGGGAUUAUCCAAUCAGGGAGCAGUACGGACACAUAUUGUUGGCCAUCAAUGCUUCUAUGCCUGUUCCAGACGCUAAGACCGGGUUCCGACAGGUAGACGAGCAUACGGAUGCCGAUUUUGCUUUCAUACACGACUCCGCCGAAAUCAAAUACGAGGUGACCCUGAACUGCAACCUAACUGAGGUUGGCGAGGUAUUUGCAGAGCAGCCUUAUGCCAUCGCCGUGCAGCAGGGCUCCAGGCUUCAAGAGGAACUGUCCAGGGCUCUGCUGGACCUUCAGAAGGAGCGACUAUUGGAACAGCUGGCUGCUAAGUACUGGAAUGAAACAGCACGACAACAAUGCCCUGAUGCUGACGAGUCUGAGGGUAUCACUUUGGAAAGUUUAGGCGGCGUGUUCAUAGCGACUCUUUUCGGCCUCGGUCUCGCCAUGAUAACCCUGGCCUGGGAAGUUUUCUACUACAAACGAAAAGAGAAGAACAAAGUACGGCAGGAGGAUGAGGAAACUAAGCCCAAGAAGGCCUUCGAGAAGGAUCUAGAGAAGAAGAUUGCUGGUGGUGUAGCCAGGCUGAGGAAGCGAGACAAAAAAGAGAAGAAAGGGCAAGUGACUAUCGGCGACACGUUCAAACCGGUGUCAGAAAAGGAUGGCGUUUCUUACAUUAGUGUUUAUCCCAAGACCGAGUACAAACCGUAGAUAUAGGGAGCGUGCAUGAACUAUAGGAGGCAGCACAGGAGCCGUCAAAUUUUUGGCGCGAGGCGUAAAUGUGAUGUUUAUUGUUCCGAUGUAGCCCACAAGAUGGCAGAACCUACUAUGCACAAGAAAACACGUGACGUGUACAUGUGCAUGUUUAUGGUUCCGAUUCAGGCCACAAGAUGGCAGACCCUCCAACGCGCACGGUCUCUAUAGUCAAUAUAAUUUUAACCAUGAUAUAAUUUAUUAUUUAUUUUAUUAUUAUUAUUAAUUUAGUAGCGGAUAUAGGUAAAAUCGAAGUGAGCUAAUUCUUAGGAUCUAAAUAAUUAUUACAAAACAAUAAUAUUUUUUUGAAUAAAUGAAGGAGUAAUCUGUUUCUAUUUAAUAACACUUGACCAAAAGAAUUUGAAAUAGAGGUGUAUUGUCAAAGAAAACUUUGUGGUGACGUAAAUUUACUGCCAUCUUUCGGCACAUAAUUAAAACUUUUAGAACGCCAUUUGACUUUGAUCCUUAUUUUUUCACUGAUAUGUGUUCAAUUUGCUAAAUAUCAAAAAGUGGCGCCAUCUAAUAGAUCAAAGGCCAAAGGUAUAGCACAUCGUUUCGAGCGAUGACGCCAUAACCUUAAGGUAGUGUCCGGUAAGAUGGCGCCACUUUUUGAUAUUUAACAAAUUGAACACAUAUCAGUGAAAAAAUAAGGAUCAAAGUCAAAUUGCUGUCUAAAAGAUUUAAUUAUGUGUCGAAAGAUGGCAGUAAAUUUACGUCACUAGUUUUCUUUAACAAUACACCUCUAUUUCAAAUUCUCUUUGCACUUGCAUAUGUCGGCGGCCGAUUGUGAUAUCACGCAGAUCGUAAUGUUUUGACGACAGUCACAUUAAACCAACAAAUAGGUAGAAUAGGUUCGUUAGGUUGCUUCCGAUGCCCGAGGGGCAAACUGUCCAGAAAUAGGAGCCCCGAGCAGGGCUCCGUCGACUCAGGGAACGAGACAAAGAUUUUCACGUUUUACGAUAUGCCUAGGAAUCUCACAAUCUGCCUGAUCUUACGAUCGAACGCAGACAAUAAGAUAAAAACUGUACACCAAAGCACUUAGCAUCAUACAGAGUGUCCGACCGAAACAUUAUUUUUGUCGAAACCAAAGGCUCGGUUUUGGCUCUAGUUUCGGCCGAAACCGAAACUUUUGUAGACAUGUUAAAAACGUUAUAAAAAAUCAUAAAACCGCUUUUAUACACAUAUUAAGACUGUCGACCGUCUAGUGGCACCCUCAUUAGGGGAUUUAUGUUUUCCAAUAAAUCAAUUAAUUUCAGUUUAUUAAUAUUGUUGUCCUAUUUGUUUCCCAACGUUUGGUGUUGGCUAGGGAAUGCAAUAACCGGGCGUUUUUCAUUACCGGUAAUUUACCGACGCGAGGUCCCACUAACCGGUUAACCGGUAAAUUACCGGUUAUACGUUUAUGAAAUAAAAAACAUUGAUUUUGCAUUAUUAUUGAUUGUGUCCAUUUUCGUCAGUAACCUUUAAAAAUAAUCAACAGCACGUUAUAGAAACAUCGACAAAACAAAAUAAUGAAAAUAAACUAUAAACAUUAAACAAGAUAUAUUUACUAAUCAUAUUAAAUAAAAAAUCAAACAUGUAUCAUUUCAAAGCGAAAUGAACUUGUACAUUAAAUAAGUAACAUCAAACUUUUUUAAUUCUUUAAAAAUCGCAGUAAUCAAAGGGUAACAAAAAUUAUAAAUAAAGAGGGACAGUCGUCAUUUAAAUGUCAUACAAGUUUGCAUUUACACAUCUAUCAAUAUAAUAUUGUUAUUAAAGUAACUAAAACCGUAAUCAACAUUCAUUAAAAUCUAGUAAAUAUAAGAAAUAAAAAAUUAACAGCAAGAUUAGUUUCAUAUCAUUUUAACACUAGUUACUUUAAAAUUGCACUUUAAGAGGCCGUUAUCGAUUUUAGUCGCAAAAAUGUCAAAUUGAUAGAUUAAGCGCAUGAAAUUGUACACCUUUUGUUAACUAUUAAAAAUAACAAGUACUGGUUUCUUUUAGCACGUCUUGUUAUCUUUGAUUAUAUUUUUUUUUUUUUUAAACAGACUCAAUUAGUAAUGAAUUUUUUUUCUGAUCGACGUUUAGGUAAACGCGCGAAAAGCAGUGAUUUUGUCAAUCUUAUUUGUAAAUUUCGUUAAGUUUGGACUGCUAAAAAUGGUAAUUUUGUAUUACACAUAUCCUGUACUUCAACUUUAAUAAACUACAUUUUUGUUACUAUAAAUUUGAAGUAGUGUAAAUGAAAGUUAGACGAAAUAAAUUUUCUCCAGAAAUUACUUCAAAAUAAGUGACAAUUUCUCUGAAAAUUGACUUAAUUUCAACGUAAUUUUGAUACUUAAACAAUCUACAACAUUUGCUGAAACUGUUCUUAUACAUCAUUUUGUAUAAUUUACUACCAUAAUUUAUAUGAAUUUUUAAAAACUAUCCCUUCUCGUCACCUAUUACCGGGGAUGCACGCUUGCGACCUCAUUAUUAAAAGGCAAGAUGAAAAAACGUGCUAAUAGAAACCAAUACUUGUUAUUUAGAUAUUACGUAACAAAAGGUGUACAAUUCCAAGGACUAAAUCUAUCAAUUUAAAAUUUUUGCUCUAAAAUCGUUACCGGGCUCUUAAGAUAGGAGUUGGAAUCAGGAACAUGUCAUCAUCAGAUCAUUCUGUUAAUUAGAACCAGCGGUAGAAAAUGUUCUUUCGCAUUCCACACUUGUCGGACACUACAGACUAAAACAAAGGACACUGAACAUAGUAAGGCGGGUCGGGUAGGGGUGGCGAGAAGGGAAAGGGCGAGGGAUUAGCGACCACUCAUUUGUCACAAAACAUUGCUUCCUAGUUUCACUCCGACGAGAUCAUAAGAUGCAGAAAAGUAAGUAUUUUAAGUGUCUCUUCGUAAUCGUAAACCGUAGUAAUUGUUUUUUUUUGUAAGUACGAAGACAUAGAUGGGCUAAUUCAACAGGUUGUUACAUUUUUAUUUGCCUAUACAACGUUCGGUAAAUUCCCGGUUACGGCUGGAAAUUACCGGUAUUUUACCGACUGUAAUAUUGGUCAAAUUACCGGGUAACCGGUUAACCGGUUAACCGGUUAGCAUUCCCUAGUGUUGGCACAGUUUAGUUUCAAAGUUUUUUUUUUUUUUUUUUAAUUUAUUUGAAUCAAAAGAAGAUUACAAAAAGCCUUAAACUACUAAUCUGCCAAACUGCAGUACAGUUUGUUGGCAGAAAAAAAAAACUAAAUCUACCCUCCAUCAACUAGUAUUGUAAAUAUUAAUAACUAUAGCCGUUUUUGCAUACGUAUGUAUAUUGUAAGAGGUACAGUCAAGGUAUUAAAUAUCGAUACGGACAUAGUGCCAUAAAUAUGUAUACACGACCUUAUUGCCUAUAUAUUAAGGUAGUGUGUACAUAUUUUUGUCACUUUGUCCGUAUCGUACCAUUUCAUGGCCGAAAGGUACGGCCGUUGUUCGGCCGAAAUCGGAACUACGGCCGAAACUGGCCGAAACUGAAUCUUCGGUCGGAUACUAAAUAGUCCACAACUGCAAAAUAUUGCUAUCAGAGACAAAUACAACGAAAUAAUGAAGCUGCUACCAUAAUUUUAACCUUUUGACCGCCAAAGACAUCAUAUGAUGCGCGUGGCUACAGCCCAAUAUCAACCUUCAUGCGUACCGACAAGGUUCACGAUUACGCGCCGCGUACGAUAGGUGAGGCGUUCAAAAGGUUAAAAUGCAUUUGCCGUAGGACUUAGCUCAUCUUACAUAAUACAGUAAAAAUUAUAUUUGCAUAAUAACAAGAAAUAUAAAAAAAAAAUUAA